AUGUCCUCGUCGGUCCUGCUGGCCCGGCCGCGAGUGGACACCAGUCCACCGGCCCCCCCGGCACCGGGGGAGCCCACCGCCCGCAGCCCCUUCCCCUCGCGCAGCCCCCUCACAGACCUGGAGCCCAUGACGCCAGCCAUCGAGAGCCCGGCGGCAGGGCAGUUCCUUCCCCGGCACUCGGGCAAUGCAAGCCACUCCCCCGACUCGUGGGGGCCCUUCCUGCGGGAGUGUCACCAGCUGAUCGAGGAUGUGGUUCUCUGCGUGUCGCACCACUCGCCGCGGUUUUGGCUGCGCACCAUCUUCCGAAGCAGCGACACUGAUGGCGGUCCCGGAGCGCGGGACCCGGGCUCAGCCUCCGCCGGGAGCGCCCUGCCGCCGGAGCAUGGGGCCUUCUCACGGAGCAUGCUGCUUGCGCCGAUGGCCGCCGGCAAGCGCGCCGACCCGACAGCGCGUGGCACGUCCCCGGGGCCGGCGGCCGGGCCAGGCGCCGGCGGCCCCCGGCCCGGGACCUCCUGCAUGCAGCUCACCCGCACGACGGACACCGAUCCGGACACCGAUGCCGAGCAGGAGUUCUACCUCCGAGAGAUGCUCACCCGGACCAUGUCCAUGGAGGAGAUCUCCCAGCUGCUGGGCCGGCAGCCGGUCAGGCUGGGCGGCCUCUCGACUGCCGCCGGCCCUGCCGGGCCCGCCGGCCCUGCGGCUGCCAAUGCGCCAUCCUCCCCGGCCCCGGGGCCGGGGCCUGACCCGGACGAUGUGGACCCCUCGUGGGCCUUCUUCAAUGCGCAGCGUCUGCUGCCGGCCUAUGUGCCCAGUCCCCUGCCACGGCCAAGCCAGUCGGCCGUGUGGCUGGCCCCGCACUCGGAUCGCCGGCAUCUGCAAUCGCGCACCGUGUGCUCGUUGUUGACGCCGGUGGUCGGGGCCAUCGCCGGGCCGGAGCCGGCCGGCGCCGCGGCUAUGGCGGUGUCCGAGUCGCCGGCACCGAUGGUCGACUCGGCCAGCCUCAAGUCCUCGGGCCGGCUCUUUCGGCCGGCGGCCCUCCUUUCCGGCCUCUCGGCGCGCGAUCUCUUCGAGACCGAUGCCCACGAGCAGGACCGUGCCGGUGGCCUGUCCGUGUCCAUCGACACCCGCCACACGGAGACCCGAGUCCGAACGCAGGCAGCCAACCUGGCCUUCUCCUUUGCCCUGCGCGGCCUGGCCGAGUACGAUCGUCUGGCCCGAACCGACUACCGGCCGGCAGGCUCACCGGCCGGGCGUGCGGCGGAGUCCUUGGCCCUCCGGGAACUUAACCUCUAUGCCAACAGCGUCUUUUGGACUGGUGACGCACAUAGCACGGUCAUCGAGUCCCUCUCUCACGCACAGGGGCUGACGGCCUUCCGACUGACCGACAUCGCCGCUCGGACAGCCCCUCAGCGCAUGAGCUCCCUCUUCUCCCUGCUCAGCUCUGGCGCAGGGCACUCCCUCACCGAGCUUUCCCUUUGCCGAAUUGGCUUCUCCAGCAGCGACAUUCGCCGGCUCUGCCAGAUCACCUCAUCACUGUUCAGCCUACGGUCGCUCUCACUCUCACGUGCGCAUGUGGCUUCCUUGCUCCUGCUCGGGCCCAUCGGCCCUGAUGGGGCCCGGCUCAUUUCCCUCUCCCUGUGCCCGGUGGAAUUCUUCUUCCCCCCGACGCAGGAUAGUUACAUUUGUGUGCCCCCCUGGCGCUAUGGCGACGCACUGCACCCGGAGCAGCUGAGCCUCGAGGACCUGAAAUCCGUCGGCAGCCUGUGCCAGCUGAGCCAGCUGGACCUGAGUUACAACUGCAUCCGCGUCGAUGGGAUUCGGGCCUUGGCAGAGGCGCUCUCUCGGAACUACUCCCUCGAAACGUGCCUGCUGCGUGGCAAUGACGGGCUGCACGGGGCACUGGGCUCCUUCGUUCGGACGAUUCAAUUCAACUCGAGCCUCCGGCAGCUUGACAUCACCGGGCUGAUCAAUCCCGACAUCAACAUUGACCAGGGCAUCGAGCGGGACAUUGUCGCCGCCCUGGAGCACAAUUUGUCCUUGGUGGACUUCCGGUACAGGCCUGCGGUGUCCUCGCGCCGGGUGAUCCGUGAUCCACCCAUUGCCUCGAGUCAGUUCUUCCCGCUGUCGGACUUCCGGGGAUUUGUCUUGUUCGCGCUGCAGGCCAUCCUGCGGCUGCUUUACUGUCCGUUUCUCCUGUGGCACCAGAUCUCAUCGCACCCGAGUGCGACGGCCGAUGGCGGGACCUCGCGGGAUGUUCUUCCCGAGGGGCAUGGGAGCCGGUCCGGCAGCUGGCCCCUGACUCGGCCCUUGGGUGUGGUAGGGCGGUUUGUUGUGUCACUGGUCAGUCGGCCACAUGGGACCGCCGGCGGCCACUUCCCGGCACCCUCGGCAGUCCCCCUCCCGGUCCCGCCGUCACCACAGUCACAGGCGCAGCCGCUGUUGCAGGCGCAGUCGCACUCGCAAUCGCAGGCGCAGGCGCAGGCGCAGGCGCAGGCGCAGGCGCAGCCACAGCCCAUGGCACCGGCCGCCGACACCACGGCCGCUCCCAUCCCCGCCCUCUUCACAUGUCUCUUGCCCGUGAGGCAGGCACUGGCGCACAUUCGCCAGGCCAUUCACAAGAAGUCGCAGGACGUCGCGACCGAGCAGCGGCAGCAUCAGCAACAGCAGCAUGAGCAACAAAUCCAGCAGCAGCAGCAGCAGCAGCAGCAGCAUCAUGAGCAACAACAGCAGCAGCAGCAGCAGCAGCAGCAGCAGCAGCAGCAGCAUGACCCAUCCUUCCCAUCAGCCACCGGGUCGGGGCUGCUGCUGGCGGUUGCCUCGCUCCGGGCUCGGAGUCCGGGCGGAGGCAUGAGGCUCAGCGACAGCACGAUACCCGGAGCCUCCUCAUCGCGCUUCGACCGUGACGCGCAGGUCCUCAUGUCGCGAGAACUCCCGGACUUGAUUAGGGAGCCGCGCGCCCUUCUGAGAGUGCAGCGCCCGGCCGGGCCCAUCUCUCUGACCGAACUUCGGACUUCUCCCCGGGCGCAGAUCAGCCAGUGGGCAGUGAUCGACACGCGCAUGCUGACCCUGGUGCUAACUUUCCUGACCAUGGCGCCGGUGGUGGUGCUCUUGGUGCUGGCGCUCGCCGCGUCGGCUCUCCAGGGCCUUGUCCGGAUAUCCGACAUGUACUUGAGCCUCUUUGCCGCUGAUUGAGGAAAGGAGCGCCUGUGUUCGGACAGGAAGCCGCAUCUUCCUUCUUCCUCCAUCCCCAAACUUGCUGAGGGGGGGGGGGGGAGGCAAAUGCACCUGAGUAGCACGGAGGAGGGGGGCUCCAUGAAGGAGCGCAGGCCUGGCAUCAGCCUGGGCAAUUGCCCCGUCGUUCCUGCCACCUUCCUGCCUACCCAAUAGCUUGUGACAUGCACCCUGUGGGUGGAAUACACCAGUACCGGUG